AUGGUUAAAACUGAUGAGAUUCAUACAUUUUUAAACCCACUUGGUAUAAGUUUCAAACAGUUUGUGUUUUUCCCACUCAACGAUAAUAAUACACCGGAUGUUGCUGGAGGCUCACACUGGAGUCUUCUUGUGUACUCAAAACCGGAAAAUAGUUUUUUCCAUUUUGAUUCUUCAUAUGUCUCUAAUCAUAAUGCUGCAUGGGAAUUUGCAAGUCACUUAAUUCCAUACUUAACUAAAGUUGGUAGCAUUAAUUUUGCCGAUAAAGAUUGCUCUCAGCAAACCAAUGGUUACGACUGUGGUAUACAUGUUAUAAGCAACACUGAGAGACUUGCAGAAUAUGCCCAUAAAAAUGGAUUAAUUGGCAACUCAGACAUGACUAUCAAAAUUAACCCUAGUGCCAAAAGAAAAGAAAUACUAAGUAUUAUUAACAAUCUCCGUCACUCUGCUUAA